CCUCGGGAUCGCCCUCCGCAGCGAUGGACGGAGACGGGGACCCAGAGAGCAUGGGCCAGCCUGAGGAGGCGAGCUCGGAUGAGCAGCAGGAGGAGGGGUGCGUGUGCGUCCCGGAGGCGAGCGGCGGGGAGGAGGAGGAGACGGCGUACCUGGACGAGCUCUGGAAGGAGCUGGUGGAGGGCGCCUCCCUGUGGCUGCUCAAGUGCCAGCAGGAGGGGCUGGUGCCGGAGGGCGGCUCGGAGGACGAGCGUGACCACUGGCAGCAGUUCUACUUCCUGAGCAAGAGGCGGCGCAACUUGCUGCGAAACCCGUGCGGGGAAGAGGACUUGGAGGGCUGGUGCGACGUGGAGCACGGCGGGGACGGCUGGAGGGUGGAGGAGCUGCCCGGAGACUGUGGGAUGGAAUUCGUCCACGACGAGAGCGUCAAGAAGUUCUUCGCCUCCUCCUUCGAGUGGUGUCGCAAAGCGCAGGUCAUUGACCUGCAGGCUGAGGGCUACUGGGAGGAGCUGCUGGACACCACCCACCAGAUCUCCCACACUUUCACCGACUACGGGCCCGGCGUUCGCUUCGUCCGGUUCGAGCACGCGGGACAGGACUCCGUCUACUGGAAGGGCUGGUUCGGGGCCCGGGUGACCAACAGCAGCGUGUGGGUGGAGCCCUGAGUGACCCCUCCUCCCGCUCCCCCAGCUGCCCUGCAGGGGCAGAGGCCGGGGGUAGACAGGCCUUAGUGGUAGCACCGCCCCUUCCCCUCCCCACGCACUCCUCUCCCGCCCCGGCUCCAAGCCCGGCCCCCACGCAGGUAGAGAAGGGUUUUGCUGGCAUAUGUUUGCACCUGGAAAAUAAGAUGGGUGAAGGCUUGGGGCCUGGACCGGGCCCACCGCGGAAUCCCCCACCUCUAGCACAGUGCCUGCCGUAAAGUGGACUUUCAAUAAACAUGACUUGUUCGAGGAAGAAAUGAA